AAUGGCCUUGGAAGAUAUCCAUAAGACAGUUCUCCGGGAAGAUGUUUGCUUUCUUAAAGAGGAAUUGGAUAUGUCAAACUCAGAUCUCUUAGAUAAACUUUAUCAAGAAUAUGCCAUCAGCAAGGAAGAACAGGAAAUAAUUGAAAAGCAAGACACUCGUCGUCAUCAAAAUGGGAAGUUGAUAUCUUACAUGGAAAGAAAACCGUUAAAAGAUUUUCACAUUUUCAUGUCAGCAGUUCCAGAACAUGUAAAGGAGCGUUUAGAAAAACGGCUUCAAAAAGAAAAACAGCGGUUGCUUGAUCAUACAGAUAUGGAAACUUCGAAAGAAAAUGAAGCAGGGGAUGAAGAUGAAGCAGGGGAUGAAGAUGAAGCAGGGGAUGAAGAUGAAUCAAUGGAUGAAAAAGAAUCAAGGGAGGAAAAUGAAGUAAGGGAUGAAGAUGAGUCAAGGGAUGAAGAUGAAGCAAGGGAUGAAUAUGAAUCAAUUGGUGAAGAUGAAUCAAUGGAUGAAGAUGAAUCAAGGGAGGAAAAUGAAGCAAGGGAUGAAUAUGAAUCAAUUGGUGAAGAUGAAGCAAGGGAUGAAGAUGAAUCAAGGGAUGAAGAUGAAGCAAGGGAUGAAGGUUCUGAUGGUGACUGCACCAGCGAGACUGAGGAGGAAGAGGAAGCUUGUUGCAGUAGAAAGCUGGUGCCAAUACAAAGUUUUAUUUUGGACUCAACGGAAAGACGUGUAGACGUGCAUGUAAUGGUGAUUGGGGAACCGGAAAGGAAGACCUCCACUAAGAUGAAAGCUGUUGUUGCUGAUGAAACGUCUGCGGUGAACCUUUGGAUCUACGAUGACAGUCUUUUCCAACAUUUUAGUGAUCAGGCUUGUAUUGUGUUGCGAAAUGUAAGAUGGAAUGGACGUAUUUUGGAGGCAAAUAAUCGUUCAUCAGCAAAAGUGGCUUCGGUAUUAAAGAUCUCAGAGCACACUAUUACAGAAGCUUUAGGAACAGGACAACCUAUUUCAACAAAGAGAGCAAAUGCAUUACCUGACCGGAAAUUGAUGUGUUUGGAAGGGAAAGUUGUAAAGAAAUCCUUUCUUCUGAUCCGACCGUUUAAUAAGAAAAUAUUGAAUUAUUGUCAAAUUAAGCUGAGAGAUGACAAAGGAUCCGUCGAUGUUGAUGUCUGGGGAGACGCUGCGAAAGCCAUGGAAAGGGGAAUUGUUAUCAAAAUGACAAGCUGUAGAAAGCGGGAACCCCAGAGACCAGACGGACCACCUAUCACCACAACACCAGACACAUUGGUUGAGAAACUGCCUUUAUCAGAACUAAAACAAAAUGAUGUCAACAAAUUGUACAGAAGAGGAACUAUUCAGGCAUUUGAUGUUGACCUAGAUUCAGACAUCAAGCUCGAUUCAGAACCGAACACGAUGACACGAGUUGAUAUCGAUAUGCGCACAAAAGGAGGAAGCCUAGACACAGUCAUGGUGUUUUGGCCCCAGCUGAUCCAACUGUUCAAGUUAUACAACAUGAAAAUUCCAUCAAUCGAUGAUAGUGAAAAUAUCAAGAAGUUGUUGAAGAAACUUCAAGAAAAGGAGAUAAAAUACAAAGCAUGUGGAACUGUGGAAGAAUUCAGACGCUGCUAGAUACGACAGCAGAAGAUAGUUUAGAGGUGCUUACAACCUAUUAUUUCGAGACUCAUUGACAUUUUGUUUUAGACAUUUUGCUUUAGAGUAAUGCACUCGUUCAUGUCCUUAAUGUAUCUUACAACCCCAAAAAUAUCGUAUUUUAACACUGAUGUUCAUCUUUAAAAUUGCCUACGUAAAAUCUCAAACUGACAGCGCAAGCUUUUUUUCUCUACACGUGAUCAAGGUCUGUUUUGCCUCAGAACGCAGUGGUCCUACCAUGACCUACCCCAACAUAGAGCGUCGUUCAUCACAAGACAAAACGUAGUGCCAACGUUGUGGAAACUUUCCCUGAUGAGCACUGGAAAACAUUGUUUAGUAUAAAUAUGUUGGUGUGUUUCCAUUUGUGGAUUGGAAACAAGUUACCACAACUUAGAUGAUCAACAAAUAAGUACAACCACAGCAAAAAAAGUGUAGGUUUCCGUCUUCCGGAAACCUUCCGGAUACCUACCCAUUUUGGAUCCGGCCCAGAA